AGUCCCGUGAGUCGACGCGGGGCGACGGCGAUGGGGCCGGGCGGCUGCGUGGCGCUGAGGCUCGGGCCGCUGCUGUGGCGCAGGGCCUUUUUCCCCGGAGCGUGGCCCGCGGCGGCCUCGGGGCCCCGGCGUCGGCUGCCGCUGGCCCUGGGGCGGCUUCCGGCGGGACCAGCGCCCGGCGGGGUCUGCCCGGCCCCCGAGCGAGCGCGCGGCCUGCACGGCGGCCCGGGCCUGCAGGAGGGGGCGGAGGGGACAGCCGGCGAGGGGCGCGCGGAGUCCGGCGCCGCAGAUCAUACUGGUCCCAAGUUUGACAUCGAUAUGCUGGUUUCACUCCUGAGGCAAGAAAAUGCAAGAGACAUUUGUGUCAUCAAAGUUCCUCCAGAAAUGAAAUAUACAGACUACUUUGUGAUUGGUAGUGGAACUUCCACUCGACACUUACAUGCCAUGGCCUACUACAUUGUGAAAAUGUACAAAUACCUGAAAUGUAAAAGUGAGCCUCAUGUUAAGAUCGAAGGGAAGGACACUGAUGACUGGCUCUGUGUGGACUUUGGCAGCAUGGUGAUUCAUUUGAUGCUUCCAGAAACCAGAGAAACCUACGAAUUGGAGAAAUUAUGGACCCUACGUUCUUAUGAUGAUCAGUUAGCUCAGAUACCACCUGAGACCUUACCUGAAGACUUCAUUCUUGGAAUAGAAGAUGACACUUUAUCUCUGACUCCUGUGGAGUUCAAAUGUGAAUAAAAUGAUAUGAACUGCUUAAGUCAUUUCA